AUGAAUACUGUACUUAACAACAUCAAUCAAAGUAGAUAUUUCAAUGAUUCUGCUACCAACACCAAGUUGGAAGAGAUCAAGAAACAAUUAGAUGGACCAUCAGACAAGGAUAAAUUAGAGUGCAUGAAGAAAUUGAUUGCUAUGUUAUCAAAAGGUAGAGAUGUAUCUGAAGUAUUUCCACAAGUAGUAAAGAAUGUUAUUGCAAAGAACUUUGAAUUGAAAAAGUUGGUUUAUAUGUAUUUGGUACACUAUGCAGAGAUUGAGCACGACAGUGCUUUGCUUGCCAUCAACACAUUUCAAAAGUCGCUGUCAGACAAGAGUCAAGUGAUUCGUGCCUCUGCAUUGCGUGUCAUGUCUUCGAUUCGUGUAGUCGAUAUUAUUCAAGUCAUUGUACUGGCCAUUGAAAAGUGUGUCAAGGACAGCAGUCCCUAUGUCAGAAAGGCUGCUGCCUUUGCCAUCACAAAGGUACACAAACUCGAUUCAGACAAGGAAGACGAGUUGGCUCAACUCAUUGAAUCACUCCUCUCUGACAACUCUACAAUGGUUCUCGGUGCUGCAAUGGUUGCCUUUAACGAGGUAUGCCCAAAUCGUUACGAUAUCAUUCAUCAACACUAUCGUAAAAUCUGUCAAUUGUUGGCCGAUUUUGAUGAAUGGUCUCAAGUUAUCACUAUCUCUGUCUUGACAAAAUAUGCUAGAACUCAAUUUAGAUGUCCUGAUUCUUCAAUGAAUGAUAAAAAUGUUAAACAACAUAAUAAGAAAAAAUCAUCAUUUUAUAGUGAUGAUGAAGAUGAUGGAGAAACUACAAGUGUAAAGAAAUACGAUCCAAUGGAUCAAGAAGAGAUUGAUAUUGAUCAUCGUUUAUUGUUGAAAUCAUGUCUUCCACUCUUGCAAAGUAGAAGUAAUGCCGUUGUCAUGGCAGUCUCUUCUCUCUACUUUUAUGUUGCACCUGUUAUUGAAGCUCAAAAAGUUGGUAAAUCUCUUGUCCGUAUCUUACAUAUUAGUCCAGAAGUUCAAUAUAUUGCUUUAACAAAUAUUUCUACAAUGGUUACUCUUAGACCUAAUAUGUUUGAACCAUAUUUAUCAGAUUUCUUUAUUAAAUCAAGUGAUCCAGAAUAUAGUAUUAAAUUGAAAUUAGAGAUUCUAACUAGAUUGGCAACUGCUGAAAACAUUAGUAGAAUUAUGAAGGAAUUCAAGGAAUAUGUAAAGAGUGAAGAUAAAAAAUUCGCAGCUGCCACUAUUCAAGCUAUUGGUACUUGUGCAGCCACCAUUCCAGAUGUCACUGAAAGCUGUACUCAUGGUAUCAUGUCUCUCUUGUCCAAUUCUUCAUCUGUCGUUGUUGCCGAAUGUGUUAUUGUCCUCAAGAGACUUUUACAAUUAAAUGUUGAUAAUCCAGACUCGUCUAUCAAAUCUGAAAAUAUCAUCAUGCACCUUGCAAAACUUUUAGAUAAUCUUCAAGUUCCUUCUGCUCGUGCUGCUAUUAUUUGGGUUAUUGGUGAAUACUCUCAUAAAAUACCAAUGGUAGCACCAGAUGUAUUAAGAAAAUUAGCCAAAACAUUUUCAGAUGAAGAUGAAAGUGUAAAAUUACAAAUCUUAAAUUUGGGUGCCAAAUUACAUUUCCACAAUCCAGAACAAACAUCAUUGUUGUUCCAAUAUAUUAUUAAUCAAGCCAAGUUUGAUAUGAACUAUGAUGUUAGAGAUAGUGCUAGAAUGAUGAGAUUCCUUUUAAUCAAUACAGAAUCUACUCAACAACUUGCAAAUCAAUCAAAAUCUAUAUUUAUUAAUCAAAAACCUGCUCCAACUGAAAUUAGUGUUUCUGAAGAUCGACAAAGAUUUGUUUUAGGAAGUCUUUCACAAAUUGUUAAUCAUUCAGCAAUGGGAUAUCAAUCAUUACCAGAUUUCCCAGAAGAAGUCCCUGACCCAUCUGUUAGACAACCAAAACAAUGGAUUCCAGAACAAACUUCUGUUAAAAAGAAUGUAUUUAGCUUUACUGAAGAAAACUUUUACUCUGAUGAAGAAGAAGAAGAUGAAGAUGAAUAUAGUGAUGAAUAUGAUGGUGAUCAAGACGAAGAUGAAGAAGAUGAAGAUGAAGAAGAUUCUCAAGAUGAAUUGGAUAAAUUCUUUAGUGAUUCAUCUGAAGGUUCAAAGAAACAAAAUGGUAAAGGAAAGAAAAAAUCAAAGAAAUCAAAGAAUAACAAACGUCAUCAGGAAGAAGAGGAAGAAGAAGAAGAAGUAAUGGAUGAUGAUGAAAUGGAUCAAUUAUUUGGAGUAGUUGAGGAAAUGGAUCAAUUAAAUUUAGAAUCAACCUCUUCAAAGUCUAUAAAGAAGAUCCUACUCAAGCCAACUGUUGGUGGAGGGUUAUCUAUUGAUUAUUGUUUCCUUCGUAGACCAAAAGAAGAGAUUGGGGAGGAUGUUGAAAUAACCCCAGGAUGCACAGUCAUUCAAUUAUACCUCAAGAAUCACUCCACCGAAGAAACCAUUUCCAACAUCAAGAUUGGCAAGAAAACUUUAAUUGAUGGUGCCAAUAUUCAAGAUUUUGACGAGAUUGAAUCAAUCCCUCCAAAUGAAUCUUACCAAACCAAUUUGUUUGUCACUUUUAACUCUACUUCACAAUCAUGUAAAUUUGAAAUUUGUUCAUCCAAAGGAGUUCACCCAGUUGUUUUAACACCAAUUAUUGGGGAAUUGGUAUCCCCAUUAAACAUAUCCAGUGAGGAGUGGAAACAACAAUUCGAUGGCUUGGAAAUGCAAAAUGCAAGCGAUCAAGUAGAUCUUGGCGGAGCUGUCCAAAGCGACAAUAUUUUGAAUCUAAUUUUAGAGAGUGCAAACAUGCAAGCCAUCUCUGCCAACAAAUCUCGAUCCAAAUUCCAAUUUGCUGGAAAGAGCACCUUAAAAUCGGUGGAUCUUUUUAUUCAACUAGAGUUGGUUGGUUCUGAAACAGGUAAAAACACUACCCCCACCUCUGUCGUCGUGUCUGUUCGAAGCAUGGAUGUAAUAACCGCUACAUUAUUACUCAAAAAAUUUACUGAUAUCCUAUCCAAAGAUUAA